CCUUUAUAUAAUUUUGUCAAUAUAUUCCUUUCAGGAUUAAAUACAAUCUCGUUAUUUAUUCAAUAAAUUAAUAACUUACAAAUUAAAUUACAAUCAUUUAAGAUGGAAAAAUUGUUUGUCCACUUAAUAAGAAGAAGCGAUGAAUAUUUUGAAUUAGCUGGACUAUCCGAAGAUAAGCGGUUAUGGUUUAGCUUACCAGAUGAACAUAAAAAUUUAUAUGAACAUAAGGUAUUAUCAUCAAAAACCACCAUUAAAAGUGCAAUUGCUGCUAUUAAACCGAUUAAUGGUUUCCGAAAAAUUGGCAUUAAAUUAGAUGAGGAUUUGAAAAAAGAAUAUUUUGAUGAAGAUGGAAACCUUAGCUACAAAAACUAUCCGUUACAGGAAUCUGUAGUUUUUUUUGAUGUGAGUGAAAAACUCCAAGAAGAAAAUUUUUUAAUUAAAAGAAUCAAGGAAUUAGAAUUAAAAUUAAAUGACAAAGAUGAGAUAAAAUUGCAAAAUAUAGAAAAGAAGUUUGUUCUUGAUAAAUAUGACAAAACACAAAACCCUUCUGAGUGGUUUUCUAAAUUUGAAAGUGAAUGUGACCGAAAUAAAAUAAAAAGUGGUACCCAGAUGAUUGAAGCUUUACGAUUUUUUGUCGCUGGAUCGGCCAAACACUGGUAUGAAGGAAAUUUGAAAAAAUUUGGUCUAACUAAUUGGUCUGAAUGGCGAAAUUCAUUUUUUUCCAUUUUUAUUGACAAAGGUUGGACAGCUGUCAGAAAAGCAUAUACCUAUAAAUACUUAGGCGGCUCAUUGAUCGAUUACGCUUUAACAAAAGAAAAUUUAUGUUUAGAAGUAGAAAGUGAUAGUACUAUGAGUUCCAGAAUAAACUUGAUUGUAAUGGGUUUACCAUCUCAAGUUCAAGACGAGCUAGAUCGCGAAGACAUUAACACUAUAAAAAAAUUAUACAAUGAACUCCGAAAGCUAGAUGGUCAAUAUAAUAAACGUUCGAAAGAAAAUAAACCAUAUGAUAAUCGGCAUGAAAAAACAAAAUUAGGAGAAUCGACUAAAAAGAAACAAAUUGAUAUACCCUUGAAAAAACCAUGCUACAUGUGUGAAGCUCUUGGUUGGAAAAAUCGAUUUCAUCCCUCUAACGAAUGCCGAAAUAAAAUACUGUACGCUCAGAAAAAAGAAUCUAAUUUAAUUGAAACGAAAUCUGAUUCAGAAAAUGAGGCUGAAAUGAUGAAAAUGGAAAUUGACCGAAAUUCUUUAAACUAGAGA